AUGUACCUCAUCACUGUGUUGGGGAACCUGCUCAUCAUCCUGGCCUUCAGAUCAGACUCCCGCCUCCACACCCCCAUGUACUUCUUCCUCUCCAACCUGUCCUUUGUGGACAUCUGUUUCACCUCCACCACCAUCCCCAAGAUGCUGGUCAACAUCCAGACACAGAGCAAAGCCAUAACCUUUGAAGGCUGCAUCACCCAGAUGUAUUUUUUCAUUCUCUUUGCAGGGCUGGAUGACUUCCUGCUAACCGUGAUGGCCUAUGACCGCUUUGUGGCCAUCUGCCACCCACUGCACUACACGGUCAUCAUGAACCCCCGGCUCUGUGGGCUGCUGGUCCUGCUGUCCUGGAGCAUUGUUGUCUCCUUAUUUUAUGGCACUGCCUUUGGAGUGUACCUUAGCUCUGCCGUUCCUCACAGCUCACACUCAAGUGCAAUAGCCUCGAUGAUGUACGCUGUGGUCACACCCAUGCUGAACCCCUUCAUCUACAGUCUGAGGAACAGAGACAUAAAAGGGGCUCUAAGAAAAAUGUUUGGGGUGGCUGCUAUAUUACAAAAAUUGUCUGGAGCUGAAGAAAUGCCUGCAAGUGCAGGGCUGAAAAUUUUUGAACCAAAAAUUGCUAUUGUGUCAUCACACCAGGGUAACUGA